AUGGAUCAUCCUGCAGAAUUAUCUGACAAGACACAAUGUGAUCUAACCCAUGACAAGCGCAGUCACCCAUGGUUCCCUCGAUGUCUGUCCAUUGAAGAAGGCGGGAUUGAGAGAGUAACCGAUGAGGAAAGGCAACAGAAUACAACGAAAUUCUGGAAUGCUGCUACUUUCUGGUUCAGCGCCAACAUGGCUGUCGCCACUCUCAACAUCGGUUCCCUCGGUGGCUCGUUGGGUCUCGGAUUUUGGGACUGUUUUAUCGUCAUCCUGGUAGUCAACCUGACCAGUGAUCUACUACCGGCCUGGACAGCUACCUUUGGAUUGACUGGGUUGCGAAUGACGACUUUUUCGCGAUACUCAUUCGGAUACUGGGGCAAUAUGCUCGUCGUGAUAUUUUCCAUGAUUGCAACCACAGGUUGGAACGCGAUCAACUCAAUCUCUGGCGCCUCAGUCCUCAACGCUUUAUCGAAUGGAAAGUUCCCCACAUGGGCAGGAGUCAUUGUUAUAUGUACGCUGGUAUGGGUGAUCUGUGCGCUGGGAAUCACAUGGAUCCAUCGCCUUGAUGCUUUCCUCUGGAUCCCUCCGUUGGUUGUCUGGUGCGUGGCUGCCGGGACGGGUGCAUCUUCAUUCACCUCGGAGGCCUCCCAGGCACUGGAAGGCUCAAACAAGGCGGCAGCCGUUUUGACUUACAUGGCCAGCAUCUUUUCGUUCUCUGUUUCGUGGGUAAACUGUGCCGCGGAUUAUAAUGUGCGAAUGCCCCCUGAGACCCCGCACUGGAAGAUCUUUAGCGCCACAUAUGUCGGCAUUUUUGUUCCCACUGUCUUGGUCCAAUCACUUGGUGCCGCUAUGUACAGCGGCACUAUAACAAAUGCGGCAUGGAAAGAAGCGUACUCUUCGUCGUCGAUUGGAGGACUACUCGAGAUGGCAUUGGAGCCUGUCGGUGGGUUCGGAAAGUUCCUCAUGGUUCUUGCGGCUUUGAGUGCGAUCCCAAACAAUAUCCCAAACAACUAUUCGUUUGCCCUUCACGCGCAAAAUCUCGGUCCAUGUGCUAUACGCGUCCCUCGGAUCGUUCUAGUCACAUUUGGCUUCGUGGUGGCGGUCAUCAUCGGAUGUUGUGCAGCCAAGUACUUCGACGACACCUUACAAACGUUGCUAAGCGUUAUCGGAUAUUGGACAGUUAUCCACAUCACCGUAGUAGUAGAGGAGCAUUUCCUCUUUCGCCGCGGGUGGAAGGCAUAUGACUUUGAUGCUUGGAACAACCCGACUGCUCUGCCGUUCGGAUGGGCGGCGAUCGGAGCAUUUGCCUUUGGAUUCUUAGGAGCAGCCCUAGGAAUGAAGGUGGCCUGGUACGCUGGGCCAAUUGCAUCCUUGAUUGGCAUAAAGGGUGCAAACAUAGGCCACGAGAUAACCUUCGCGUUUUCUGGCCUAGUCUUUCCGGUGUUUCGCUGGUUAGAGAAGCGAUAUGGGGGCCAGUGA